AUGCAAGAAGAAGACCAUGGAAUCCUCUGGAAGCAUCAAGACUGGAGAACCGGUUUAGCGGAAGUCAGAAGUUCCAAGCACCUUACAAUUUCUUUUAUUUGUACGCUGCGAAUUAUGAAUAUGGUUUUUAUUGGCACUUUUACUAGGAUGGCAAGAUUGAAGUUGAAGUUAAAAUAUGGGACUACAAUUGCACCAGGACUAUAUUCACAGGUUCACCAACAUUUUUUUGUUGCUAGAAUGGACAUGGCAGGUGAUUGUAAGCGUGGAGAACCAUACAAUAAGAUGUGGCCAGAUCUUAUCCAGAAGGAAAAAGAAGGAGAGUUAGAUGUGAUUCAAACUUAUGUUUUCUGGAAUGGACAUGAACCACAACCUUGUCAAUAUUAUUUCGAAGAUAGGUAUGAUUUGGUGAAGUUCAUUAAGCUGAUUAAGAAAGCUGGACUUUAUGCUCAUCUUAGAGUUGGUCCUUAUGCUUGUGCUGAAUGGAAUUUUAGGGGUUUUCCUAUUUGGUUCAAAUAUGUUCCAGGAAUCACUUUUAGAACAGAUAAUGGUCCUUUCGAGAAUCACUACAAAUGA